AAAGUCCGAAACCCUAAACCCUAGCGAAGACGCACACCGCACCUACUGGGUUCUUCGAGUCUCGAAGGUUCGUCUCCUCCCCGCCCACCGCCGUCGUCUUCCCUUCCCCUCUAUUUAAUCCUCAGAAAGCUGCUCUUCCACUUGUUCUUCUCCACGGAAUUAUCGGAUACUGCCGAUAGGCCUAUUUUUGUUCGCUCCUCGAUCCGACCAUGUAUCGCGUCGUUGCCUCCCUCGCAUCCAAGGCUAGGGUUACCGGAGGUAACAGCAGCCGCCAGAUUGGAAGUAGACUUCGUUGGAGUAGAAACUAUGCCGCGAAAGAUAUCAGAUUCGGUGUGGAUGCGCGUGCUUUGAUGCUCAAGGGUGUGGAAGAUCUUGCAGAUGCGGUGAAGGUGACUAUGGGCCCAAAGGGACGAAAUGUUGUUAUUGAGCAAAGCUUUGGCGCACCCAAAGUGACAAAAGAUGGCGUAACAGUAGCAAAGAGCAUUGAAUUCAAGGAUAAAAUAAAAAAUGUGGGUGCCAGCCUUGUGAAGCAAGUCGCCAACGCAACCAAUGAUGUUGCUGGUGAUGGAACAACUUGUGCUACGAUUCUUACAAGAGCAAUAUUUGCUGAAGGAUGCAAGUCAGUAGCAGCUGGAAUGAAUGCAAUGGACUUGAGACGUGGUAUCACCAUGGCAGUUGAUGCUGUUGUGACUAACUUGAAAGCCAGAGCAAAGUUGAUUAGCACAUCAGAGGAGAUAGCUCAGGUUGGCACAAUAUCAGCCAAUGGAGAAAGGGAAAUCGGGGAACUAAUUGCAAAAGCUAUGGAGAAAGUUGGCAGAGAGGGAGUUAUCACAGUCUCAGAUGGGAAAACUCUCUGUGAUGAACUGGAAGUUGUUGAAGGAAUGAAACUUGACAGAGGAUACAUAUCACCAUAUUUCAUUACUGACCACAAGAACCAAAAAUGUGAACUUGAAGAUCCUCUUAUUUUGAUACAUGAGAAGAAGAUCUCAAACAUCAAUGCAGUAGUUAAGGUGUUAGAAUUGGCAUUGAAGAAACAAAAACCUUUGCUAAUUGUCGCUGAAGAUGUAGAAAGUGAUGCUCUUGCAACUUUGAUUCUUAAUAAGAUUCGUGCUGGAAUCAAGGUUUGUGCGGUUAAGGCCCCUGGUUUUGGGGAGAACAGGAAAGCCAGUUUGCAUGAUCUUGCCACACUCACAGGGGGAUCUGUCAUAACGGAAGAACUUGGCAUGAAUCUUGAGAAAGUGGAACUUGAAAUGCUUGGAGCUUGCAAAAAGGUGACAAUCUCAAAAGAUGACACUGUGAUUCUACAUGGUUUGGGUGACAAACAGGCUAUUGAAGAGAGAUCCCAGCAGAUACGAUCUGCCAUUGAAUUGAGCACUUCGGAUUAUGACAAAGAAAAGUUACAAGAGAGGUUGGCUAAACUUUCUGGUGGAGUUGCUGUCCUUAAGAUUGGAGGGGCUAGUGAAUUGGAAGUUGGUGAGAAAAAGGACAGGGUGACAGAUGCUCUUAACGCCACAAAAGCUGCUGUCGAAGAGGGCAUUGUACCAGGUGGUGGCGUUGCGCUUCUUUAUGCAUCUAAGGACCUGGAUAAGUUGCCGACAGCCAACUUCGACCAGAAGAUUGGCGUCCAAAUAAUUCAGAACGCCUUAAAGUCUCCAGUACAUACAAUUGCUUCCAAUGCUGGAGCAGAGGGAGCGGUGGUCGUCGGCAAGCUUUUAGAACAAGAUAACGUCGACCUUGGUUAUGAUGCAGCCAAAGGUGAUUAUGUCGACAUGGUGAAAGCCGGCAUAAUUGAUCCCUUGAAGGUUAUCAGAACUGCUUUAGUAGAUGCUGCAAGCGUUUCUUCAUUGUUGACUACUACGGAAGCUGUAGUCGUCGAACUGCCAAAGGAUGAGAAGGAUGAUGCUGCUGCGGGCGCGGGCAUGGGCGGAAUGCCAUACUAAUUUCGUCCAAGUAUGCAAUUUCAUUAGAUUGUCGAGUCAGGAUUUGUGUCAUAUUGCAUGGCAGCUUUCUUUGUGAUAGUAGUCGAGGCUAGUGUUAACGCUGAAAGCCAGUGAGUCGAGUGUCUCUUGUCGCUGCCAAAUUAUUCUGUUUCAAAAUGAUUAUUACCAUUGCAAUAAUGGAAGACAAAAAUAUAGACGUCAUUUAA